AUGGCCGCACUCGUACACACGUGGACGUUCAAAACGUUUCUUCACGAAACACUGGAAAGCAGAGGACCAAACAAAGCAGAGUUUCAGGUGCAAGGACAUCACUCUAAGGACAAACUAUUUCACCUAAAACAAAAUGGAAGGUUAUUUGGUAAAAAACAAAGAAAGAAGACCAUAUCAAGAAUAAAAAGAAACUCGAUUUCAGAUAAAAAAGUUCCAGACAUUGAGAAGAUAUCUGGUGUUAUGGACAGACUAUGGUCAGCUUUAAACUAUGGAUCACUGACAGAACUUCACAACACGAAAAUAGUGACUUCUCCUCCUCCUCCUCCUGCAGAAGUAAACUAUUGGGCAGUGAUUAAAGAGAAAGUCCAUAAUGGAGUGCUAUUUGUGGAGAUUGGUGGUUGUCUCACAGCUUCCAAUGUUGCGACUGAUUGGAGUUCAGAUUCUGUUGUUAUUUCACUGCUCUUCAAAGAUUUAUAUAAUGAGUGCAUUUCAAAUGCAAGAGAUCUUGGUCUCCGGAACUUUCUCAUUGGGUCGGUUUCUCAUGUCCAACAAAUGGUUGAAUCACUAUCUUCUGACAAGACAGUGGCAAUAGAACAUUUGCAUUUGAGUAAUAUCCAACUAUUAUGGCAAUCUUUACUUCCUCAUGAAUGUGAAGAUCUUUUAGCCAAACUCUUGGCAUUAUCAUGGCGAGUUUAUAUAGUAAAUCCCACCAAUAAACUUCAUCAUUUCAGUCCUUAUACUCGCUUGUGGAACCUCCAGUGUACAAUUGAUCUCCUCCAUGGCACCAAUUCAUGGGAAAGUCCAACAGUUUACCAGGUGACACUCAAGUCAGGAUAUAGACCAAGCAUUAACAUUAACACACAUAUUCUCAACAAAAGGAAGCAAAUGAAACCUUCUGCUAACUUUCUCAUUCAAGGCAAAGGAGAUGGGCUUGUUUCCCAGGGUCGGUCAAAAGAUGAUCCAGUCACAGAUUACAAAGUGAAAAUCAAAAGCAACUUUAAAGAACUGCCAAAAAUGGAAGAAAUCAAAGAAACUCAAGAAAAUAACAAUGGAUAUAAAAAAGAAGAAAUGAAAGAAACUGAUAAACGAAUAUACCAGUCAUACUGGGAUGCUGUUAAAUUAUUAUUCGAACAAAAAAGCAAUGGAAAUUUUAGUCUUUUAAUUUAUGGUACCAAACAUCUAACACUAUUAACAGCAAAGACUGGCCUUUUGUAUCCACAUUCAACUAUUCUCAAUAUUGUACCCAAAUUAGAUGCACACUUUGCUGAUAUGUACAGAAACAUUUUACCUCCAAAUGUCCUUACUGCUAUCAAUGAUUUGGAUACACAAAUUAUUAACACCAUUUCUCAUCUGCCAAACUUGCUCACCUUUCAGAUUCUUGGAAUAGAAAUAUUUGCCAAAAUUCUUUGGUUAAACGAAGGUUUUAUUGUGUAUUUGGGUAAAAUCUUAAGCUUGGCCCAGGUAACUGUAUUUCUGGUUCCAAAACCAGAACAAUUCCUUUUAGCACAAAUCAUUCUUGGGAAUAUUAAUGGCACUAAAGAACAAAAUCAAGAUUUUAGCUUCAAGAAUCUGAUUCUCAAAGCAGCUGCUACGUUUGGAGGAGAAUUAAACAUUGAGGUUAUUAAAGAUGAUGAUUUGAGUGAACUCCUGAUUUUUGUGGAACUGAAAUACCUCAAAAAAGAAGUGAUUGUCGACUGUUCCCCUGGAAAAGGAAUCUUAAUUUUAGAGUCUCUAUCAUCUGCCACUGCAUACAUUCAGACAACCAACUCGGUGAUUUUCAUUGAUACAAGAACAAUAAUGCUUUCUUUUUUAUUGGCUUUCAAACUCCAAGCUGCUGACAAGAGGCAGCUAUUCCUGUGUUACAUACAACUCACAAUUUACAAAGACAUGUGUCCUCAUUUGAUUUUCUGGAGUUCCCAGGGUCUAUCACAUUCUCACCAACAGACAGAGACGGCUCAGCAAUUCCUAUCAGAUUCAAGCUUAAAUCUUCUUUCAAGAAUCUUCAUGGAACAGUUAAUGGAAUCCUCAGCACCAUUUUCAUUCUUGGAAUAUCAAUCUGAAGGAUCUCUGAUCAUCAAACUUGCUCGUUUAUUCCCAAACAGCACAUUCAUUGCAGUCUCACCUGAUCAUCAGACAGCAACCUCCAUCUACCAAGAGGGAGACACAGACAAUCUGAAGAACCUGCUAGUCACCAAACAUCCCAUUGAUGAUAUCUUCACUCUGAAACUUUUAAAAAGCCCAGAAUUCUUUCGUUAUCAAUUUCUGGGCAAGUUAACCAAAUACUUAUCUAAUAAACAGCAAAUCAAAAUUACCAAUCAUCCAUCAACUUUUUAUAAAAAUGCAGAAAGAAAGAUAAUUUUUGAAAGUGCUUGGGCAGAUGUUCAGGCUGAAGUAGAGGUCAUUACAAGUCAGCAUUUUGAAGUGAGAAAAGGAAACUUUUUUCCAUGGAGACUGCUUCGAGCAAAUAUAAAAAAUCUUACAAAACAGGUGAACCAUCAUUUUGAAUCUUACUUAGAUGGCCACACCCGAACUUAUAUGCAACAUUGUAUGGCUAUUGGAAGCACUCAUUACAAAGUCCAUUUGCAGCGUCAAUCUGAUGGACUGACCAUUCCUUAUGGAAAUGUUCGUGCCAUAACAUUGAUUGCUCUGCUUCGAAUGGGAUUGCUUGCUGAAAUCCAAAAGAAACUUUACCAUCAAUUUCUGAAACUCCCUCUCUAUGAAGAUAUGGCACCAUGGAAUAUUGCAAAAAUGGAUGGCCUAUCCUUUCUUAAUAAUUUUAUUUCUCUUUGCAAAGUAUUUUCAGCUGGUCAACUUAUGUACAUUGACUUUGAUACAAAAAAUAAAACUUUUGAUACAGUCGUUCCAAUGGCAUAUCAGAUUAUGUCUCUGUUGAUGAAUUAUGAAAGAACAAUAAGAGACUUUGGCAAAUGCAGAAGUCAUGCAAAAACUCAAUUUGGAUUUGGUCUUAUAUCCAACUGUGUAGGGAGUGAUUUCUUGGGUCCUUGUAAGGAUUCUCUGAAACCAGUUCCUUGUGGAGAUUACACUUGUCGAUCAAGCUUUAUUGAAUGCUUGCAAGCUUUAGUCAAAGCAGAGUAA